UUUGUUGUUUCGUAGUGGAAGAGCGGGCAGUUCCCCAAAUUCACACCUGUGUGUCACAGUUUUAUUGUGUGUCAAUGGAGCCGUAAGAUCGUAAAGCACAGAAUGUCCAUUUGAGUGGUUUAGGGCUGAAGCAACUGUGCGGAAUAAACUAGGGCUGCACCGUAUUUGGAACGACUCCUGUGAAGACUAGCUGCAAAAGUGCUCCGGAGUCGGGUGGCCGUAUUUAGUGAUUUUGUCUCUAGUGUGUGUUAGCAACUCGACGAAGUCGCAUGGUUCGCCGGUGGCCGAUCUUAGUGUUCGAAAUCAGUCGGAGCGGAGGCGGAGUACGUUUGCGGACGGCAAAGUGGAGAAGAUGCAUCCAACCAUGGCGUCUUGUCGCGUACUAAUGCUCUCUGUGGCGCUGGCAUUGGUAUUGGUACCAGCUCCCGCAUACAGCUUGGAGACCGCUCCCGCAUACAGCUUGGAGACCGUUAUUGAAUAUACCAAAUGUGUUGUCGAAAAGCAGAAAAGUAGUGCAGAAAACUACACUAUAGAGUGUACGAAUGACAGGCGAAUUGCUACAGGGUUGGCUGACGAUGAUGAUGGUGGAGAUUUCACUAUUUUUGACAUUGACGACCUCUAUUGCUGCAAAUACGGUGUCGACAUUGGUUCAGCAACGUCAGUCACUUUACCCAAAAACAACGAAGACAACCAUACCAGUGUGAAAUGCCCCAAUUCCUCCGUCAUCACAGCAUUUAACGAUACCGCCCAUUUCAUAUAUCCUUACAAAAAGAUGACCUGCGUAGAGCUAAAGAUCUCUGGUAAAGCAAUGCCUGCCAUCGACUACAAUGAUUGCGAAUAUAUAAAUACGGGAAGUUACCGCCCAGGUCCACGUUGCAAGGCUACAUAUGGAAUCGUUAGCUUGAACUAUAACGAAACCAAAUAUUUUAGUAAACCAAAGGUAACCGGACGCGGCAUUUCUGGAAUGACGUGCUGCAGAAUUAUUGUGCAGCCUAACUGCAACUCAAACCCGUGCCCUGAUCAUAGCACAUGCAGUGAGGACCAACAUAACUACACCUGCACCUGCGUGUCAGGAUAUCAGGUGGUCACAAAAAUCAUGCCAAAAAGGAAUAUAAGUACAUGUCAGGAUAUCGAUGAGUGCCUCACAUUCGAAGCCAGCCCUUGCAAUGCAAACACAGAGGUCUGUGUCAACACACCCGGGUCGUACGGAUGUGAGUGCAGCGCAGGGUACGUGAACACGACCGGCACGUGUAAGAAAGCGCAAAGGUGUGAUCAUUCGUCUCCAUGCCACCAGUAUGCAGAUUGCGUGGAUACGCAGGGCAGCUAUACAUGUACCUGUAUAUAUCCUUACCUGAAAGGCGAUGGCUUCACCAACUGUACAGUGCCAACAUGUCAGUCGCUGCCUGCGCCCCGCAAUUCUCUUGUACCCCCAGAAGGAGAAAACAGCUUAAUCAUUUAUCCCAAAAGUCAAAACUUUACAUGUGCUAAUGGCUACAAACUUACUGGUUCAGAAUCGUUGCAAUGUAAUGCUUCAGGAGAAAUCGUGGGGACACCACCAAAUUGCACAAAUAUUGACGAAUGCAGUGAUGGGAUUCACAGCUGUAAUACCAAUGCACAGUGCCAAGACAUUGAUGGUUCAUACACAUGUAGGUGUAAAAGUGGAUACACCGGAGAUGGCACAACUUGCAAUGAUAUCAAUGAAUGUGCCAGUGCAUCAAACCACGACUGCCACUCAGCGGCUUCAUGUACAGACACAACUGGUUCAUAUACAUGUAUGUGUAUUAGUGGUUACACAGGAAAUGGCACAACGUGCAAGGGUAUCAAUGAAUGCAGUGAUGGGACUCACAGUUGUAAUACCAAUGCACAGUGCCAAGACACUGAUGGUUCAUAUACAUGUAUGUGUAUUAGUGGUUACACAGGAAAUGGCAAAACUUGCAAUGAUAUUGACGAAUGUGCCAGUGGUAUGAGUCAUGGCUGCAAUGUCAAUGCUGGGUGUAGUAACAAUGCUGGUAGCUUCCAAUGCACAUGUAAUACUGGAUACAGUGGAAAUGGGAUUCAAUGUACAGAUAUUGACGAAUGCAGUGAUGGGAUUCACAGCUGUAAUACCAAUGCACAGUGCCAAGACAUUGAUGGUUCAUACACAUGUAGGUGUAAAAGUGGAUACACCGGAGAUGGCACAACUUGCAAUGAUAUCAAUGAAUGUGCCAGUGCAUCAAACCACGACUGCCACUCAGCGGCUUCAUGUACAGACACAACUGGUUCAUAUACAUGUAUGUGUAUUAGUGGUUACACAGGAAAUGGCACAACGUGCAAGGGUAUCAAUGAAUGCAGUGAUGGGACUCACAGUUGUAAUACCAAUGCACAGUGCCAAGACGCUGAUGGUUCAUAUACAUGUAUGUGUAUUAGUGGUUACACAGGAAAUGGCAAAACUUGCAAUGAUAUUGACGAAUGUGCCAGUGGUAUGAGUCAUGGCUGCAAUGUCAAUGCUGGGUGUAGUAACAAUGCUGGUAGCUUCCAAUGCACAUGUAAUACUGGAUACAGUGGAAAUGGGAUUCAAUGUACAGAGGUACAGUGCAAACCGGUGGGUGCUCCUGCUUAUGGUGGUACAAGCAGCAAGAGUCCCAAUAUCAACUAUGGAGAAACUCAAACGUUUACCUGUUCUGUUGGUUUUAAUCUUGUUGGAAAUGCAACAUUGUCAUGCGGUGCUGACGGAAGCUUGAGUGGAACAGCACCUUUGUGCCAAGAUGUGGAUGAGUGCAAGGAUUCAAACGGAAAUCUUCACAACUGCCACAGUCUAGCAAUGUGCAAUAACUCCAAUGGAACAUUCCACUGUGUAUGUAUAGGUGGAUAUACUGGAAACGGCACACAUUGUGCAGAUAUUGACGAAUGUAGUUCUGGAACUCAUAAUUGCCGUGACAAAGCUGCAUGCAUGAAUAUGGAUGGUAGUUUCCAAUGUACAUGUCUAAAUGGUUAUGGUGGCGAUGGACACAAUUGUACAAACAUGAAUGAAUGCAGUGAUGGUAGUCACAUGUGCAGUGACAAUGCAAAUUGUACAGACUCGCUCGGAUCAUAUGCAUGCACAUGUAAUACUGGUUACUAUGGUAAUGGGUCCAGCUGUGCAGAUAGGAAUGAGUGUUCAACUAGCAAGCACAAUUGUCACAAUGACUCUGAGUGCGUGAACAAUGCUGGUAGUUUUGUUUGUGUCUGCAAAACUGGUUAUACUGGCAGUGGGCAGAACUGCUCUGAUGUGAACGAGUGUACUGGCAUUCAUGAGUGUGAUAGUAACGCCAACUGCACCAACAGCAAGGGAUCUUUUACAUGCGACUGUCAACGCGGUUAUGUUGGUAAUGGCAAUACUUGUUUUAACUUGGAUGAAUGCACCGGGACAGAUCAUGAUUGUGAUGUGAAUGCAACAUGCUCUGAUACUCCGGGUGGCUAUGCAUGCGCAUGCAAUGCUGGGUACACAGGCAGUGGUUUCAAACAUAACUGUCUUGACAUAAAUGAAUGUAUGCAGAACUUCCACGCCUGUGCCAGUGCGGCGUUAUGUUACAAUUCUAUGGGUUCAUAUCGAUGUGCAUGUAAAACUGGUUUUACUGGCAAUGGAAGCAUUUGUAGCCCAACUUUCGGGAAUCUUGCCGUUCUUCUGCCUGAUAUUCAAGAUGUGUCAGCUAAUGUACGUAAUGACAUCCAAUCAUAUCGUUAUUCCAUUCUGAUGUGGAAUGAAAAGAAUCAAUCAUUGCUGCCAACAGGUCUACAAGGCACUGGUUUACUGGCUAAGCAGUUUCCAGUUUUGUUAGAGAAUGUGACAUUUGGUUACUAUGUUGCUGUCAUUGAUGGUCUGAGAAACAACAGCACCAGUGACCAUGGUACUAGCGGCAAUGAUAAGUUAUCACCUUCAUACUCAUCAUCAAUGGUUGUAGCAAGCAGUGCUGUGAACUUAGACUUUAACUACACUGGCACCACACCAAGUAUCCCUGGAGUUACUGGUGUGUGGCGUAGCUAUGAAUCAACGGGUGAUAACACUAUCGACAUCUUAAAACCACCAUCACCACCAGCACCAUUAAUGGAUUCGUAUGAUGAAGUUGUGUUUGUCUUCAAGAAUCCAGUAAUGAAUCGUACAGUUGUGGUAGUGAAGAGUACAAAUGAUUCAAGAGUGCAAGUACCUGUUGAAGAGUUAGGUGGUAGUCCAAUUCAGUAUAACUUCACAUAUACUUACUCAACAGCUGCUGUGGCUGGUGACAAGAGAAAGGAAAAUGUCACAUCUAUUACAUCUCCCAUCUUCACUUUCCAACCAGCUACUCAUGGGAAACUUGCCAUUCCCCUGCCUGGGCUUCAAGAUGUGCCAGCUGAUGUACGCAAUGACAUCCAAUCGUAUCGUUAUUCCAUUCUGAUGUGGAAUGAAAAGAAUCAGUCUUUGCUGCCAACAGGUCUACAAGGCACUGGUUUACUGGCUAUGCAGUUUCCAGUUUUGUUGGAGAAUGUGACAUUUGGUUACUAUGUUGCUGUCAUUGAUGGUCUGAGAAACAAGAGCACCAGUGACCGUGGCACUAGCGGCAAUGAUAAGUUAUCACCUUCAUACUCAUCAUCAAUGGUUGUAGCAAGCAGUGCUGUGAACUUAGACUUUAACUACACUGGCACCACACCAAGUAUCCCUGGAGUUACUGGUGUGUGGCGUAGCUAUGAAUCAACGGGUGAUAACACUAUCGACAUCUUAAAACCACCAUCACCACCAGCACCAUUAAUGGAUUUGUAUGAUGAAGUUGUGUUUGUCUUCAAGAAUCCAGUAAUGAAUCGUACAGUUGUGGUAGUGAAGAGUACAAAUGAUUCAAGAGUGCAAGUACCUGUUGAAGAGUUAGGUGGUAGUCCAAUUCUGUAUAACUUCACAUAUACUUACUCAACAGCUGCUGUGGCUGGUGACAAGAGAAAGGAAAAUGUCACAUCUACAACAUCUCCCAUAUUCCCUUUCCAACCAGCUACUCAUGGGAAACUUGCCAUUCCUCUGCCUGAUCUUCAAGAUGUGUCAGCUAAUGUACGCAGUGACAUCCAAUCAUAUCGUUAUUCCAUUCUGAUGUGGAAUGAAAAGAAUCAGUCUUUGCUGCCAACAGGUCUACAAGGCACUGGUUUACUGGCUAUGCAGUUUCCAGUUUUGUUAGAGAAUGUGACAUUUGGUUUUUAUGUUGCUGUCAUUGAUGGUCUGAGAAACAAGAGCACCAGUGACCGUGGUACUAGUGGCAAAGAUAAGUUAUCACCUUCAUACUCAUCAUCAAUGGUUGUAGCAAGCAGUGCUGUGAACUUAGACUUUAACUACACUGGCACCACACCAAGUAUCCCUGGAGUUACUGGUGUGUGGCGUAGCUAUGAAUCAACGGGUGAUAACAAUAUCGACAUCUUAAAACCACCAUCACCACCAGCACCAUUAAUGGAUUCGUAUGAUGAAGUUGUGUUUGUCUUCAAGAAUCCAGUAAUGAAUCGUACAGUUGUGGUAGUGAAGAGUACAAAUGAUUCAAGAGUGCAAGUACCUGUUGAAGAGUUAGGUGGUAGUCCAAUUCAGUAUAACUUCACAUAUACUUACUCAACAGCUGCUGUGGCUGGUGACAAGAGAAAGGAAAAUGUCACAUCUACUACAUCUCCCAUCUUCACUUUCCAACCAGCUACCCUCGGGAAUCUUGCCGUUCCCCUGCCUGGUCUUCAAGAUGUGUCAGCUAAUGUACGCAAUGACAUCCAAUCAUAUCGUUAUUCCAUUCUGAUGUGGAAUGAAAAGAAUCAGUCAUUGCUGCCAACAGGUCUACAAGGCACUGGUUUACUGGCUAUGCAGUUUCCAGUUUUGUUAGAGAAUGUGACAUUUGGUUACUAUGUUGCUGUCAUUGAUGGUCUGAGAAACAAGAGCACCAGUGACCGUGGUACUAGUGGCAAUGAUAAGUUAUCACCUUCAUACUCAUCAUCAAUGGUUGUAGCAAGCAGUGCUGUGAACUUAGACUUUAACUACACUGGCACCACACCAAGUAUCCCUGGAGUUACUGGUGUGUGGCGUAGCUAUGAAUCAACGGGUGAUAACACUAUCGACAUCUUAAAACCACCAUCACCACCAGCACCAUUAAUGGAUUCGUAUGAUGAAGUUGUGUUUGUCUUCAAGAAUCCAGUAAUGAAUCGUACAGUUGUGGUAGUGAAGAGUACAAAUGAUUCAAGAGUGCAAGUACCUGUUGAAGAGUUAGGUGGUAGUCCAAUUCAGUAUAACUUCACAUAUACUUACUCAACAGCUGCUGUGGCUGGUGACAAGAGAAAGGAAAAUGUCACAUCUACUACAUCUCCCAUCUUCACUUUCCAACCAGCAACUCUCGGGAAACUUGCCAUUCCUCUGCCUGAUCUUCAAGAUGUGUCAGCUAAUGUACGUAAUGACAUCCAAUCAUAUCGUUAUUCCAUUCUGAUGUGGAAUGAAAAGAAUCAGUCAUUGCUGCCAACAGGUCUACAAGGCACUGAUUUACUGGCUAUGCAGUUUCCAGUUUUGUUAGAGAAUGUGACAUUUGGUUACUAUGUUGCUGUCAUUGAUGGUCUGAGAAACAAGAGCACCAGUGACCGUGGCACUAGCGGCAAUGAUAAGUUAUCACCUUCAUACUCAUCAUCAAUGGUUGUAGCAAGCAGUGCUGUGAACUUAGACUUUAACUACACUGGCACCACACCAAGUAUCCCUGGAGUUACUGGUGUGUGGCGUAGCUAUGAAUCAACGGGUGAUAACACUAUCGACAUCUUAAAACCACCAUCACCACCAGCACCAUUAAUGGAUUUGUAUGAUGAAGUUGUGUUUGUCUUCAAGAAUCCAGUAAUGAAUCGUACAGUUGUGGUAGUGAAGAGUACAAAUGAUUCAAGAGUGCAAGUACCUGUUGAAGAGUUAGGUGGUAGUCCAAUUCAGUAUAACUUCACAUAUACUUACUCAACAGCUGCUGUGGCUGGUGACAAGAGAAAGGAAAAUGUCACAUCUACUACAUCUCCCAUCUUCACUUUCCAACCAGCUACUCUCGGGAAUCUUGCCGUUCCCCUGCCUGGUCUUCAAGAUGUGUCAGCUAAUGUACGCAAUGACAUCCAAUCAUAUCGUUAUUCCAUUCUGAUGUGGAAUGAAAAGAAUCAGUCAUUGCUGCCAACAGGUCUACAAGGCACUGGUUUACUGGCUAUGCAGUUUCCAGUUUUGUUAGAGAAUGUGACAUUUGGUUACUAUGUUGCUGUCAUUGAUGGUCUGAGAAGCAACAGCACCAGUGACCGUGGUACUAGCGGCAAUGAUAAGUUAUCACCUUCAUAUUCAUCAUCAAUGGUUGUAGCAAGCAGUGCUGUGAACUUAGACUUUAACUACACUGGCACCACACCAAGUAUCCCUGGAGUUACUGGUGUGUGGCGUAGCUAUGAAUCAACGGGUGAUAACACUAUCGACAUCUUAAAACCACCAUCACCACCAGCACCAUUAAUGGAUUCGUAUGAUGAAGUUGUGUUUGUCUUCAAGAAUCCAGUAAUGAAUCGUACAGUUGUGGUAGUGAAGAGUACAAAUGAUUCAAGAGUGCAAGUACCUGUUGAAGAGUUAGGUGGUAGUCCAAUUCAGUAUAACUUCACAUAUACUUACUCAACAGCUGCUGUGGCUGGUGACAAGAGAAAGGAAAAUGUCACAUCUACUACAUCUCCCAUCUUCACUUUCCAACCAGCUACUCUCGGGAAUCUUGCCGUCCCCCUGCCUGGUCUUCAAGAUGUGUCAGCUAAUGUACGUAAUGACAUCCAAUCAUAUCGUUAUUCCAUUCUGAUGUGGAAUGAAAAGAAUCAAUCAUUGCUGCCAACAGGUCUGCAAGGCACUGGUUUACUGGCUAUGCAGUUUCCAGUUUUGUUAGAGAAUGUGACAUUUGGUUACUAUGUUGCUGUCAUUGAUGGUCUGAGAAACAAGAGCACCAGUGACCGUGGUACUAGCGGCAAUGAUAAGUUAUCACCUUCAUACUCAUCAUCAAUGGUUGUAGCAAGCAGUGCUGUGAACUUAGACUUUAACUACACUGGCACCACACCAAGUAUCCCUGGAGUUACUGGUGUGUGGCGUAGCUAUGAAUCAACGGGUGAUAACAAUAUCGACAUCUUAAAACCACCAUCACCACCAGCACCAUUAAUGGAUUCGUAUGAUGAAGUUGUGUUUGUCUUCAAGAAUCCAGUAAUGAAUCGUACAGUUGUGGUAGUGAAGAGUACAAAUGAUUCAAGAGUGCAAGUACCUGUUGAAGAGUUAGGUGGUAGUCCAAUUCAGUAUAACUUCACAUAUACUUACUCAACAGCUGCUGUGGCUGGUGACAAGAGAAAGGAAAAUGUCACAUCUACUACAUCUCCCGUCUUCACUUUCCAACCAGCAACACAUGGGAUACUGAACCUCCCUCUCCCUGACAUGGAACAGCUAGACCGGUCGGUCUGGAAAUCUGUGCAGACGUUCAAGUACUCCUUGACGAGGUGGAACGGCACGCAUUUGGACAAGACAGGCCAUAGUGGCCAGGGUUUGCGACACGAUGACUUCCCAGUCCAGUUCACAAACACCCAAUUUGGCUAUUAUGUCGCAAGUGUAGAGGGCGUGUCAUCGGAGAAUGCCACGGUUAUCCGUGCUACCUUUGGCCUGGACUUCAACUACACGGACGUUGAGAUCCCUGCGAUUCCUGGCACAUGUGCCGACGAUAGCCUUCCUGAGUGGUUGGUGAUCGGAAAUGACGCAUCUACUGGCCAGUUCUCCUUGCCUAACCCCACCUGUACUGUGCCUGCAGGAACUAAGGAUAGUAACACCAGCGUUGGCCAUGGUUACAGUGGUGCAGGUAACACGCGUCCCUAUGACAGCAUUCGCAUUAGAUUUACCGACCCAGACACCAACAGGAGUGUGACAGUGGUCGUGCCGAUCUCCAACCGCUCUGUUCCGAUUCCGGCAGAAUUUGUGCCGGGACGGGUAAGCAUAGACUUCCAGUACGUCAACUCCUCGUCCGCUGGCAAUGUGACAAGCCCCUGGUCACCUCCCUAUGUGAUAACCACUACAAACUCAGUGACAGUCACACCGCAUACAUCACCUGCAACAUCUAGCACUGCCGGUGGCGAGGAGGAGGGUAAUCCUGCUUCUACUACUGACAACAGCUCCUGGGUCGUGCUCACUAGCAUUGGCGCCGUGGCGGUCCUGCUGCUAGCCGUGGCUGCCCUGGUCGUCAAGCAGCGCAUGAAUAAGAGGGCCGAAGAAAAACGUGCCAUCAACCUUAUGACGCGCAGAACUGGAAACGACAAGACGGACUGGGAGAAUGAGUACUUUGAUGACGGCAUGCGACACGAAAUGAACGACCUGUUUGGUAGCCCCGACCCCAACUCAAUGGUAGACACUGACCUGGACGCUACUGAUGAGCGUAGAACUGCAAUCGAUGACAGAGAGAGCUCGUCAGUGAGCAGUCAGUCUCCUGAAAACCGUACCGGUCACAAAUUGGCAAGAUACGCAGCCAACUGGGACGAGAAUGCCAGUCCUCGCCUCACUCAGCGGACUCCAAGCUGCUCAUCCGAGUUGGAUCUGGGCGAUGUGGAGGCCGACCCAACUGCUGAUGCACGCGAUGGAAAUGGACUGGCCUCCAGGCCCACCGGCGCCAGCAGCCAAGGAAACAAGAGUAAGCCUCGCAAGAAGGACCAGAAUACACUGCGCAAGGCAGCUGCCUUCCUCAACAUGAUGCGAUCCGGCAGCAACAACAACACAAGCACCACUGAGGAUGCCGUUGAUGAUGACCGAGAUGUAGCUACUGCCCUGGGCAAUGAGGGGGAGGGGCAGUUUAGUCUGGGCAUGGAUGGAAUGCGUUCGGACACAUUCUCUACUAUGGAGGAAUGUGACCCGGUGUCAGGUUUUGAAGCGGAAGAGUACUCGGACUAUGGCGAUGUCCUUGAUAUGCUCCACGGUGCCGACUCCAGAGAGUCCAGCACGGACAUUGCGGACUACGAUCUCUUCCAGCGUCCACACACUGGUGGCUCCAUGAGUCCUCAGCCAUCUCUCACUGACAGCAACACAUACAGCACGGCGUUUGGUUGUGAUCGUCUCGACGCACUCUACGAUGAACUGUCACAAACCUGGCUCUGCCAGGACUGCUUUGCCAAUCCGGACACGCGGAAGGAGAUCAAUGAGGGUGCCUAUGCCUGUGUGCACAAGAAGCGUAUUCCCAACCCACACUUCACCAAUGCGGGAGACGAUCGUGGACUAGACGCCGAUUCCGUGCCUGCAUUCGGCAGUGACGGCGAAGAGUAUGUGUACACGAGCGUGAAGAACAACUAUUUAGACUUCCAAGCGCCAAAGUCCUCACAAGGCUCAGAUUGGCCGUCCAAUCCAAGGAACCAGUGUCACUCCAACCCGUCUGCUCACAGCCGCCUCACCUUGUUACCAGGCGCUCCUCAGCCACCUCCUGGUACCCAAGUAGAGGAUUUCAUGAGCCACGGUGCAGACUUUGUCGGUAUGAGCGACAACGAGAAAUCCUACAGUGACCCGUACGAUCAUACAGUGUCUGCACCCGAUCCAGACUCUCCCUACUCGAAUGCCAACCCACUAGCCAGUAGACUACGUAAAAAGCAUAACCAAGAUCUGCCAGGUGACAGCACUCUUAUCCAGUCUCCUGACGAGUACGUUCAGUUUGCUCCAGGGCCAAAUGGUGCUCUGCAACCCGUCAUGCCCUCCACCGCCACCGCCGCCACAGCAGCAGCAGCAGCAGCAGCAACAGCUGAGCAGCAACAGCAGAACACUGGGGCACGGAAUCCGAAAAGAUCCGUAUUGCCAGGACGACCGCUGUCCGCCCUGGAGAACGAUGCUGACUCUGCUCCCGCCACACACGAAAUGAGCUCCACUGAUUCGAAUCGCUAUGUGCACAUACGCACGCCCACUCACUCGAUCACUGCCGCUGCUGCCUCAUCCACUGCUCAAACAGGCACUGACGGGCAGCACGACAAACAAAGCAGGACAAGCGAUGGCAACACCAGCUCGAGCGUACAACCUAGCUCAAUCCUGGAAGCACCACUGAUCUGGGGAAUGGAUCCCAAGCCAACAGCAGUAGCUAACAAUACCGAUGCCAACACCAACAACAACAGCAGCAGCAACAACAACAGAAACAGCAACACGCCAACAAAGCAGACCACUACUGGCAAUGAGGAUAAAAACAAUACCAGCAACGAGCCACUCGUGUGGAAUCCUCCAACUUCAAAGCCUACUGAUCUGGAUGCUGACAACACGGCAGUCGAUCAACAACAGCCGCAGCAGCAAAGCUUUGACAGAACUCAAGCGGCACAUUACCAGAAAGAUCGGCAAAAUAAUGGCCGUCCCAGCGUUACUUCCGAAGAGGCUGGCCUCUGGCACGAGCUAGGAGAAAACGGUCACAUCACCAGGGACGAUGGAGGUCUACCAGAGGCAAACGGCGAGACACUCCAGGUACUUGAUGAAGUCCUGGCUGACCUGACGGAGGAACGUUGGCAAGGAGGGUCCGCAGCUGGUAAAGAUAUCUUGCGAGAUUCCAAGUCAAAGCGUUCAAUCCUUGGCAAGCGAAAAGGUAAGGGCCCCAAGCAGCCCGCACAGAAGGACCUUCGUGAAUGGCAAGCUGACUAUGACGAGGGAGGUGAUGACUACAUUCUGUUCCCAAACACGGACGCACCUACGGUGGAGGACCGGUCCAAGCUCCAGCAGUUCAAGCGUGUGAUCUCUUCGCGCAAGAACGGAGGCGGGGGUGGCAGUCAUAAGGUGGCGCCAGUCUCACACAGUGCCAUGGCGGGUAGUGACAGUGACAGUAGCGAGUACAAUGCCAUGGGUCCCGACGGUGGCCUAGGCCGGUCCGACCACGCUAUGUUUACGUUCAAUGACACCGUUAAUGACGUUGACCUGCAUGGCCACAUGGCGGAGGAGGCAGACGCUGGAAGCCACUUCACCAACAAGAGAAUCGCUCAUCUGAGGAAGUCGGAGCGUAAGCAGGUGCGACGAGUAAAGUCAUUCAAUGACAUAUCUAGCAAGCCCAGCAUUGCUACGGCUGGUUCAGUAGACAGCAUUGUUGACGACAUUCUGGUAGAGCGGUACGAUGUAUUCAGUGAGGAUCGUCUCCGCCAGCCGGGAUCCAAUGCAGAUACUGAGAACGAAGAGGAGGGUGAUUAUGAGAUGUUCCCGGCCGAUACGUUGAAACGCUUCAUGCCCAAUGCGCAGAAGGCUGAGAUUCGAAAAUCGGAGUCAGCCACCGAUGUCUUCGGCCGUGGACUACUGGGGAAGCGUGCCAGCAGCGAAGACAACGGCUUUGAGUAUGGUAUGCCGAACAAUGGCGUACUGUCCUUCAUUCCAGCCAGCAGUGGUGACACGGCCGACGCGUACGAUGACACUCUAACCUUCCCAAUUGCUGCUGGUGCCUCUCUUCCUGGGAAUGCACGGUUGGCGGGAUACGAGAGUGCUGCGAAUAUCGCCGCUCCUUCCGCUGAGAAGAAGGCCAGGAGUGAUCGUUUCUGGACUGCGGGCUACGACGACGUGGUUGCAGCCCAGCCCAAGGACAAGACGGGCAAGAAAGGACAGAAGGAGCAACGUGAGUCCAUCGACAUGAUGGACGAAGACUUGGAGGAUGAUGACGACCUGCAUUGUAUUAUUCCCACGGCAGCCGCAAGAUCCGUCUUCAUCAACGCCGCGCAGAAGACGGAGCCGGGAAUAACGGCGGCUGAAGCCAUCGAGCGCGAAGACCCGUACGCCCUGACCACGAACCUUGAGAAGACUGAGAACACGUCACUGAUCAAGCAGGCCGAGCAUCGCAUUGUCAGCAAGAUGAGUCUGCGUAAGAAGAAGGGCAAGAAGGCGGAUGUGUAAGCACUGUGCCACACAACACUGACACCUGGACACUGGUCAGAGUGUGCGGUGGCAGGAGUAUGGGAAUCAAGCCAGCCACUGCCCUCAGACCAAUCCGUGCAGUACAGAUAAAUAUAGGAUAACGCUGAAAGCAGGAAUUGAUGCUUACCAUAAUGCCAGCACUGUGACCUUUUAAUUAAAUAAAUUCAACACCCACCUAUUAUGCGGAGGCUCGUCUGUUUGCCAGCCAAGGCCGGAGAUUGGGAAGACACCAGAGCAGCUCCUUUCCACGCUGCUUGCCAUUAGUAUAAUGUAAUUUGUUUAAUUUAAAAUGCGCUGCCUUCGCCUGCCAUCCACUAGCCACAAGUAAAGGGCUUCACUACGUCUUUAUAAUACCGCUCAUGCUGUAACCAUAAUUAGACUAUAGUGCGGAAUAGUCAAUUUCUCACCACGUCUGGAAAGAAAUUUUAUAAGAAAGUUUUAUAUUAUCAUUUCCAUGGAAAUUGCUCUGUUGCUCCCACGCAUAUUGUAGCAUAAUUAUCGAAAACCAGUGUAAUCGUGAGUGGUUCGGAUGAUCUCCUCUCUUUCUCACUCCUGUGCGCGGCCCUUGGAAGGUCAGGGUCACCAACAUUCUGGUUUAGAGUGCUAUUGUCUGAUGCCACCAUUCUUGUCCAUUACCUGUUUGAGCCGGUCAGCAUGAGGCUAUGCAGACUUCUCUAUUCUCAGUAGACACCUCUUUUCUGGUUGAUUGUUGUGUUUUGCAUUUCUGGGUCUGCUGCUGCUGCUGCUACCACUCUACACAUCUACUCUUGGUUGUACUAACUAGCAAGUGAUGUCAACUGUUAGUAAAUAGUAU